AUUUUGGGCGCGGGCGGCGACCGCGGGAUCGCUGCCGGGCGCGGAUCCGGUGACACCUCUCAGCGCGCGGCACUUGUUGCUCUCAGGACCUGCCGGCCAUCCCUGAGCCCACCUUUCUCCCUCGCCGCCCCCUGUCCCCUCCUGGCUUCUCUCCUUUCCGUGCGAUCGCCCGGGACACCGAUCUCUCAGGCACCGCUGUCGCCGGCUGGAGAAAUAGAUUAAAGGAAAUAGAUAAACUCCCUCCGCAGGGGGCCCAGCCGGGCAGCAGCAGCGGCAGGAGCUGGAGCGCUGGCCCGGGCGCCGCAGAGGUGGCGCCUCCCCGGCCCGGGACGCUGGCCCCGGGCGCCGACGGCAUGACGGACGCGGCGACGGCUAACGGGGACGACAGGGACCCCGAGAUCGAACUCUUCGUGAAGGCUGGAAUCGAUGGGGAAAGCAUUGGCAACUGUCCCUUCUCUCAGCGCCUCUUUAUGAUCCUCUGGCUGAAAGGAGUUGUGUUCAAUGUCACCACUGUGGAUCUGAAAAGAAAGCCAGCCGACCUGCACAACCUCGCCCCUGGCACCCAUCCGCCCUUCCUGACCUUCAACGGGGACGUGAAGACGGACGUCAAUAAGAUCGAGGAGUUCCUGGAGGAGACUUUGACCCCCGAAAAGUACCCCAAACUGGCUGCGAAGCACCGGGAAUCCAACACAGCGGGCAUCGACAUCUUCUCGAAGUUCUCCGCCUACAUCAAAAACACAAAGCAGCAGAGCAACGCUGCCCUUGAGCGAGGCCUGACCAAGGCACUGAAGAAACUGGAUGACUACCUGAACACCCCUCUGCCAGAGGAGAUCGACUCCAACACUUGCGGGGACGAUGGCAAGGGCUCCCGGCGCAAGUUCCUGGAUGGAGACGAGCUGACCCUGGCCGACUGCAACCUGCUGCCCAAGCUCCAUGUGGUCAAGACUGUGGCCAAGAAAUACCGCAACUACGAUUUCCCGGCUGAGAUGACGGGCUUGUGGCGGUACCUUAAGAACGCCUACGCCCGGGACGAGUUCACCAACACCUGCGCGGCUGACAGUGAGAUUGAGUUGGCCUAUGCGGAUGUAGCCAAGCGCCUCAGCCGAUCCUGA